UCGGCUGAAGGGCUCGGGCACUCGUAUCCAUGGACCGAAUGCGGCUGUGUGCGAAUUGAUGUCCCUUUUCCGUUUGCCCGCGAAGGAUCCGCAGUUGGCUUUUGACUACGGUACGGUUUGGACGUGCUUUUUUCCGCGGCGCUUCCGCCAGGACCAAUUGCUUUCCCUUGGCAUGGGAAAUCGUUGAAAGCGGCCCCGCAAUCCCGCUCCUUUUCGUACUCUUUGCAAUUACGGCGUAGCGUAAUUGGAUAGGUGUAAAUUCACAAUUUAGCACUGCAGUGGUUGUGCCACUUGAAGUUGUGAGUGCAGUUCGAUAAUCUGAAGGUUUCCGCCGUGAGCGACGCUUUAAUUAUUUGGACUGUCACAGAUGUAUGCCAGGAGAAAACGAUACCAUUCGAUUCGACUACAGGAAAUGAAGGCACUUAAAACUAUAUAGAUACUUGUAUCUUCGUAAGCAAAAGCGUGCCCCGACUUGAUAUGCGUGACAAGUAAACACCAUUACCCCUAAAUGUCAGAACUGCAAUGAAUUUUUGAUGUAUUAGCCGGAAUCCAGGCCUUUAAAGUCGCUCGACUAAUGGCAUCGUCUGGUUCGGCAGUUGUUCCGGUUCUCAACACCUGUCAGAGUCAAGGCCCACGAAUUGGGCAAGGGAAUUGGGUAAAGGAAGUCGGUUCGGAGACGACCAUGGAACCACCCACCAAGCCAGCGGUUGAACAGCUUACAUAACGAGGAUUGGAGAACAAUUUGGUAGCCACAAGUGCCUUGAGUGUGCCUGCAGACUUACAAUACUGACCAAGUAGUGCCUUGGGAGCGAGUUCCUGAUUGGAUUAGCCCCCAAAAAUGUCGGGCAGCUACCAACGCCAGAGCCUGGAGCUCCGUAGCCCAGACCAUGCAUCUGGGGACGAUCCCGAUGGAUGUUUGCGGACCCAUUUGGGAUCUUCGGCCAGCCAGCGAAGGCGGCAGCAACGCAUCGCCCAGCAGCGGCAGGAUUCGUGGUUCCGACACUCGAUGCCGCCGGCAAUAAACAGAGACUUUGAGUCCCUGGAACACCUGACGCCCAGGGCCUCCGAUGGCCUGGAUGAGCAGCUAGCCGCCUCCGUUUCGCACAGUGUGCACAGCGGUGGCAGUGUUACGCUUUGCGGACCACCAGACCAUUCCAGCAUCCAUCUGAACAGUGCCAAUAGCAACCUCGGCUUUAUCGACUCGGAUACGCCCAAUACGCCGGUGACCCCGGUCUCUGGACUGCAGCCCCCUGCCUCGGUGUCCACCUCCGUGGCCGGGACACUCUCCUCCCGUCGUCGGUCGUCCAACCGCAAGGAUUCCAAGGGCUCCAUACUGUCACGUCAGAGCGGGAAGAGUCGGGUUUCCGUUCUGGCACAACGUGGACUGCGAAUGACGGCCUCGUUUCUGCGAAGGAAGCGCACGGAGUACGAAGAUGAUGAGGACUUCACCUCGUCCGCUGGGUACGAUGCAGAUGAUGGGGAGAGGCGUGUCAUAAACCUAAAUGGGCCACAGCCCACUAAGUACUGUAAUAAUCGCAUAACGACGGCAAAAUAUAGUUUCAUCAGCUUUUUGCCCGCGUUCCUGUUCGAGCAGUUCCGGCGGUAUUCCAACUGCUUUUUCCUGCUAAUUGCCAUACUGCAACAAAUCCCGGAGGUGUCGCCCACGGGUCGUUACACCACGCUAGUGCCACUGAUGUUCAUCCUCUCGGUGAGCGCCAUUAAGGAGAUAAUCGAGGACAUUAAACGACAUCGGGCGGAUAAUGAGAUCAAUCACCGAUCGAUAGAGCGCCUGGACAGUGGCUCCUGGAACACUGUUCGCUGGUCGGAGUUGUCGGUGGGCGAUAUCAUCAAAGUGGGUAUCAACACCUUCUUUCCCGCCGAUCUGAUUCUUCUGUCGUCCAGUGAACCGCAGGCCAUGUGCUUCAUAGAGACGGCCAAUCUGGAUGGCGAGACGAACCUGAAGAUCCGACAGGCCCUCCCAGCCACCGCUGAACUGCUGGAGACGAAGGAUCUGCAACGAUUGCAGGGCAGGAUCGAGUGCGAGCUGCCCAAUCGGCAUUUAUACGAGUUUAACGGGGUGCUCAGGGAGACUGGGAAGCCACCCGCUGCUUUGGGCAAUGAUCAGGUGCUCCAACGCGGCGCCAUUCUGCGGAACACGGCGUGGGUGUUCGGGAUCGUGGUCUACUCCGGGCAGGAGACGAAGCUGAUGAAGAACUCUACCUCGGCGCCACUGAAGCGCUCCACCGUAGACAAGCUGACCAACACCCAGAUCCUCAUGCUCUUCAUGAUCCUCAUCUCAUUGUGCAUCGUCAGCGGCCUGUGCAACCUGUUCUGGACUAGGGAACACUCGGAAACGGACUGGUACCUGGGCCUAACCGACUUCAAGACCAAGAGCCUCGGCUACAACCUGCUGACCUUCUUCAUUCUGUACAACAACCUGAUACCCAUCUCGCUGCAGGUGACGCUCGAGCUUGUGCGUUUCCUGCAGGCCAUAUUCAUCAACUACGACAUUGAGAUGUACCACGAGGAGUCCAACACGCCGGCCAUGGCCCGCACCUCGAACCUGAACGAGGAGCUGGGCAUGGUCAAGUAUAUAUUCUCGGACAAGACAGGCACCCUCACGCAGAACGUGAUGGAGUUUAAGAAGUGCUCCAUCGCCGGAUACGUGUACUCAGCCGAGCGAACGCCGGAGGAGUCUCAGCUGGUGCAGAAUAUACUCAGUCGCCAUGAGACGUCCGCCGUGAUCGAGGAGUUCCUGGAGCUGCUGUCGGUGUGCCAUACGGUCAUCCCCGAGCGCAAGGAAAACGGCGACAUGAUCUACCACGCUGCCAGUCCGGAUGAGCGGGCUCUGGUGGAAGGUGCCCAGAAAUUUGGCUACAUCUUCGACACACGCACCCCGAAGUAUGUGGAGAUCAAUGCGCUCGGCGUGCGAAAGCGCUACGAGGUUCUCAAUGUCCUGGAGUUCACCUCGUCGCGUAAGCGCAUGUCGUUGAUUGUGCGGACGCCGGAAAAUAAGAUCAAGCUAUUCUGCAAGGGAGCGGACACGGUGAUAUACGAGCGCCUGGCUCCCCAGGGUCAAGCGUUCCGGGAACAGACGCUGCGUCAUCUGGAGGAGUUUGCUUCGGAUGGAUUGAGGACCCUCUGCUUGGCAGUCGCUGAUAUAAGGCCGGAUGUUUACCAAGAGUGGAGUCAGACUUUCGACAAGGCGUCGGUGGCUCUCCAGAAUCGUGAGAGAAAGCUGGAGGACGCGGCCGAUCUGAUUGAGAACAAUCUUCGCCUCCUGGGCGCCACAGCAAUCGAAGAUAGACUUCAGGAUGGUGUACCGGAAACGAUUGCCUCUUUGCUGGACGCCGGCAUCUAUAUCUGGGUCCUCACCGGCGACAAGCAGGAGACGGCCAUCAACAUUGGCUACUCCUGCCGUCUGAUAAGCCACUCCAUGGACAUCAUUAUUCUCAACGAGGAGAGCCUCGAUGCCACCCGCGAAGUAAUCCAUCGCCAUUAUAGAGUGUUCAAGAGUUCGUCGGCGAAGGACGUCAAUGUGGCACUAGUCAUCGAUGGUACCACGCUGAAGUACGCCCUUAGCUGUGACCUUCGCAAUGAUUUCCAAGAUCUAUGCAUUCUGUGUCGGGUUGUCAUCUGCUGCAGAGUGUCCCCAAUGCAGAAGGCCGAGGUCGUCGAAAUGGUCACACAGAGCACGAAUGCGGUGACCCUAGCCAUUGGCGAUGGUGCCAACGACGUGGCCAUGAUCCAGAAGGCGAACGUGGGAAUCGGAAUUUCUGGAGUUGAGGGACUCCAGGCGGCGUGCGCAUCGGACUACUCGAUCGCCCAGUUUCGCUACUUGCAGCGCCUACUCUUGGUCCACGGUGCUUGGAACUAUGCUAGGAUCUCUAAGCUGAUCCUCUACAGCUUCUACAAGAACGUAUGCCUGUAUGUAAUUGAGCUAUGGUUCGCCGUCUACUCCGGCUGGUCGGGCCAGAUCCUGUUUGAGCGCUGGACAAUUGGCCUGUACAACGUGGUCUUCACGGCCAUGCCGCCGUUCGCGAUGGGACUCUUCGAGAAAUUCUGCACGGCGGAAACGAUGAUCCGGUACCCGAUGCUUUACAAAACAUCGCAGAAUGCGAAGCUCUUCAAUGUGAAGGUGUUUUGGAUCUGGAUAUUCAAUGCACUACUGCACUCGGUGUUCCUUUUCUGGUUGCCACUGGCAGCGUACACAAAGGAGGUGAUCUGGAGCGAUGGCAAGACCAGUGAUUACCUAUUGAUGGGCAACUUAGUUUAUACUUAUGUAAUUGUAACUGUUUGCCUGAAGGCUGGACUCAUCACCAAUUCGUGGACCUGGCUUACCCAUCUGGCCAUUUGGGGCUCCAUUGUCCUGUGGUUCAGUUUUCUGCUGAUUUAUAGCCAUGUGUGGCCAACGUUCAGGUUCGCCAGCAACUUUCGCGGCAUGGACAUUCAGCUGCUGUCGACGCCAGUUUUCUAUUUCUGCUUGAUGUUGGUGCCCAUUACCACGCUGCUGAUCGAUGUGAUCUGCAAACUCGUACACAACACCGUGUUCAAGACACUAACGGAGGCUGUUCGCGAGACGGAGAUCCGACGCAGUGACAUCUCCGAAGUGAUGAACGAACCGCGAUCUUCUGACUCCGGUUUUGGAUACGCCCUCGGCAAGUUGAUACGAUCCAGCCAUGUCCUGAUUUCGCAAGAUCAUCGCUCCCAGUCGGAAUCCAGCAGAGUGUCGAAUCUGCGUGUGGAGAACCUGGAACUGGAGGCCGACACGCCGCAGCAGGAGCAGGACAGGCAGCGCCAGAAGUGGCGCGGUGGUCAGAUGCCCACUGCAGUUGCCCGGAGUGCGAGGAACAGCACCACAUCACCCACCACGGCCACUCUGCACAUGUGAGAAGGGGCACGGACUGCCCUCGUCGAAGGCAAAGCUAAUCGAAUUACUUUUGUAGUUAUAAAGUGUAUCUGUUAAGUGCGCAUUGUAUAGUACUGUAACUUGCAUUCCGAAUGGGACUAUUUCCCGAUUCCGCAUCCAGAGAAGAACUAUCGAAUUCAUAUCAUAUUUUCAUGUGUAUAAGCUAGUCCCAAAACGCGGAUACUUUUACAUCGCAUACUGUAUGUGCUAACCAACUAUUUGCCAACUGUGAUAGUGUCUAAGAAGUAGCCAGAGGUGUUUAGGCACGUAGGAUAGGCCAAUAAUCAGGGAAUGCUAUUUUGUGAGACGUCUUAUCCUCAUUCCCAACAAGCCGAGUUACUUUAUUUAAAUCUAAUCGUCAUUAAUGUGUUAGCUGGAUGUUGAACUUAUUCUUCUAAGACACUUACCAGGUUGUAAAUUUACAUUACGUUAACAAGCCUAGUCACGAAUGUUCCGUUCGAUUCAACUAACAAUUAUGAUUAACCAACCGAUAUAUAUGUAUACUCAUCCCAACGUUAUUGGAAUGUGAUGGUACCCAGACGAUAUGUAUGUAUCAGUUUUGAAUAUAUGUAUCCCGCACCGUCCUCCCCAGCUCGCAUG